AGGAAGGAAGGAGGGAGGGAGGGAUUUUUCUGCAUAUGUACAAAUGUGAGCUAAUAAAAGUAUAUUUCUUAAUAGGGCCGGGGAUAUAGCUCAGUGGCACAGUGCAAGGUCCUAAGUUUGAGUCCCAGUACCAAAAAAAAGUAUGUUUCCUCAUAAAUGGGGUAUUUUUCAGCAACCUGUUUUUCUCACUCAGCAUCAUAUAGUCACCCUCACACCUGUACUUUUCAAAGCUCACCUAACAUUUUACAACACAAAUCUGUAAUAACACAGUGAACCAUCUCCUCACUGAUGAACACUGAGCACACUCUAAGUUCUGAUUCCUGCCUCGAGGUGGGAAUAAACAUCCUGCUCACACACUCUCGCACACAUGAGCACCUCUGGCCUUUUGCUCCAAACUCAUUUUCUCCAAGGGUGAUGAUCUUCCUUAGGAGUUUUGCUAGUUCUGCACAAGACAGGUGAUAUGUGACCUAUUUUUAUGCAGAAAUCAACUGACCUUGAGGAUAUGAUAAUAUAGUUAAAUAACUUCAUAAAAUCUGUUAAAGCCUCUUUAAAAAUCAUGUGAUUCCCUCCCUUUCCUCAGCUGCCCCCAAGGUACUCGGUUCUCUGGAGGGAGCUAAGGCCGCUUUGGGGUGAGGCCCUCACUUCAUCUGGGGACUAGCAUGGCACCCAGCAGCCUGCAUCAUGGUUCCAUCUCUGAGCUUGCUGGCGUCUACUCCGCCUUUAUCCUGCACAAGGACAACGAGGUGACCUUCACAGGGGAUACGAUCAAUGCCCUCAUUAAAGCAGCUGGUGUCCAUGUCAAACCUUUUAGGCCUGGUCUGUUUUCAAAGGCCCUGGCCAAUGUCAACAUUGGAAGCCUCAUCUGUAAUGUAGGGGCUGGUGGCCCAGCUCCCGCAGCUAGUGCUGCACCUGCAGGAGGCCCUACCCCCUCCACGCUGCUGCCCCAGCUGAGAAGAAGGUGGAAGCAAAAAGAAGAAUCUGAGGAGUCUGAGGAAAACAUGGGCUUCGGUCUUUUUGACUAAACCUCAUUUUGUAACAUGUUCAAUAAAAACUGAAAAGCUGCAAAAAAAAAAAAAA